AGCUGACAAUGUCAUUUAUCUAAUGCAUUUGUUAUCAAAAUAAAAUAAAAACGCUAAACAAAGCGUACCAUACAGAUUUACUAUAAAUAGCCGCGUAUUAUUUACAUUUUGUAAAUUGCGAAAAAUAUUUUAAUGAAAUGUCUUGUGUUAAAAUUAAAGGUGUAGAAAUGAGAUUUAAACAGAAACCAUGACGAAAAUACGACAGCUCAACAAAUGCACUCGUUUGAUCCGUGAUAGAAUGUUUAAGAAGGUAUGCUCUGGCAAACGUCUCCAGCUAUUCCUGGUUACAACAACCUUCAUGAUCUCGACAAUGUUUUUCGUUAUUUUGUCGCCUGCUCGAAAUCAGUAUGACGACGUAUUAUACCUAACCGGAAACUUGCAGCGGAAGUUAGUCGUUCAAAAUGGCGGCAAAAACGAAGAAAUCUAUGGAGCUUACUUUCAAUAUUCGGGGAAUAUUCCUUAUCGAAGCGACGGCUUUUUAGGAAAGAAGGUUUUAGAAACUAUAAAUGCACCUCAGAGUGAUCCAGUGGAACAAAACAGAAUCGAAAGUCAGUCAGAACCUUAUUCCAUACAAUAUAAAAACGAUUUUCUAAAAACAAUUGAUGUGUCGGAAAUCCCAUUAAACAGAUCUGCAUUUGGUGAAAAUUACACAUUAAGUGAAACCAGAUCGGACAUUUACGAUUUCCCUUUCAUCAUAGAUGGUAGCGACAUAUGCCAAAACACAUCUCAUCCAUUCCUUGUAAUCAUGGUAUUGUCAGUACACACACACAUUGAUACGCGUUCAGCUAUACGAAAUACAUGGGGCCGUGCUGCUAAUCCUGGCGUUUGGCCGAAAGUCGGAGUAUUGAAGCAAAAGGUUAAACUCGUUUUUUUGUUUGGCAAGGCGAAGAAUGAAUUAGGAAAUAAUAUCGCCAGAGAAGAAAGUAAAAUGUACGGUGAUAUCGUGCAAGCAGACUUUGUUGAUUCCUAUUUUAAUCUUACUUACAAAACUGUAAUGGGUAUUCGGUGGGUAGCUGAAUUCUGCAAAGAUGCAAAGUAUGUACUAAAAGCAGAUGAAGACGUUUUUGUACACGUGCACAAUCUAAUUACUUUUUUAUCCAAACGAGAAAAGAAAAAUCACGGUGUCAUCUUUGGUCAUGCUCUCAUAAAGUCGGAUGUGUUCAGGGAAGGACGUUGGGCAGUGUCUAAGCACGCGUUUCCGCUCAGUGUUUACCCAACAUACACUUGUGGCAACACAUACGUCAUUCCUGGUAAAAUGGCUGCCCAUAUCUACUACACUGCCGGUUUGCUGCCAUAUUUGAAUAUUGAAGAUGUGUUUGUUACCGGGAUAGUGCGAAUGUUCUUAAAUGCCGAACUUGUUGACGUCAUGGGAUUCACUCACUGGUUUGAAAAGAAACCACGUCCCUGUGAGUUUAAAAAUCAAAUACGAAUCUCUGCCACUAAAGUCACUGAUAAUAUGCAGAAUGGAAUCUGGGAGGGACUAAAGACAAAAGAAGCCGACUGCUACAAAGUUAUCCGAGUGAAACACGUGAAUCAAAAUCGUCCAGACAGCUUUGCAAGGUCAAAGCUUAUUCGAGAUGAACACAUAUUUAUGAAUAAAACAAAUGGAAAAUUCUUUGUGUUGUAACAACACGGCACUGUGGUUCGCUUGUGUACAUUAUUCUGUAUGAGUAACAAAACGUUUUAUAAUAACUAAAAAUCAUAAAACAUAAAUAGGUUUUAUUCUUUAAUCAGCAGUGGAAAACAUUAUAAUAUAUAAUGUUAAAACUCAUGUUCGAAUGGACCUAAGAAACAGUCCCUUCGAAAUAGUUUAAAACAAUAAUUCUCACUAACUAGAUCUAAUAAUGCCGACAGCUUCUUUGGAUUAAUCAUAGUUCCCUUUUAUAAAUACAUGUAUAAAGUUUGUAUCACAGUC